AAUACCAAUAUCCCUACAAUUUCACCUGGAGCUCUGAUGGGGAAUCUACUCUGGAUCCAAGUCACCAGUCCGAUGACGCAUCUAUUUUACAACGAGUUCGGGAUCCUGAAUCCCGUUCUGGACCUUUUCUCAAGUACCCAGGAACAGGCUUUGACUGGCCUUCUCCUCCUGCACCCCCAAAGCAUGGAGGCAAAGGCAAUUAUCCUCUCAAAAAGCUUCCGGCAACAGUUGGUGGUCAACAAAGCAAACACCCAGGUGGCUGGCCUGGACAGCAUCCUCAUGGUGGUGGUCAGGGACCUUUCAAACCUGGAAACCCCCACACCGAUCGCAGAGUCUAUUAUCCUACAACAAAUCUUCCUGUAAAAGGUCAACAAAACAAUAACCCAGGUGUCGCUGCCUUGCUUGACCCUGAUCUUUUUGAUGAUGGUCCUCGAUUUGGCUAUCCUGGAGUCCGCACCUCUGUCAAAACGCCUCCUGUAAAAGUUGGUGGUCAACAAAACAGUAACCCAGGUGCCACUGGCUGGCCUGGACAUCAGCAUCAUGGUGGUGGUCAGGGACCUGCCAGACCUGGAAACCCCCCCGCUGGUGGACAAUUCAAUUAUCCUGUAAACAGACCUCCUGUAAAAAAGGAUGGCUUUCACUUUUCUGGUACCUCCAAGUCUGGGGAAAGAGGCUCUCGUCAUGGCAAAAAGUAUCAUGCAUCACGUGGUGGCUUUCACUUUUCUGGCACCUCCAAGUCUGGGGAAAGAGGCUCUCGUCAUGGCAAAAAGUAUCAUGCAUCACGUGGUGGUCACCACAGCAACCCAGGUGGCAACGGCUGGCCUGGACAGCAUCCUCAUGGUGGUGGUCCUGGACCUGCCAAACCUGGAACCCCCACCUCUGGUGGCCAAGUCAAUUAUCCUCCUGGACCUGGUGGUGUUCAGCAAAGCAGUAACCCAGGUGCCACGGUUUGGGAUGCAAAUUAUCCUUUUGAUGAUGGUCCUGGACCUGCCAAACCUGGAACCCCCCCAUCUGGUGGCCAAGUCAAUUAUCCUGUCAAAAGACCUCCUGUAAAAGUUGGUGGUCAACAAAGCAAUAACCCAGGUGCCACUGGCUGGUUUGACCAAUAUCCUCAAGUUGGUGGUCCUGGACCUGCCAAACCUGGAACCCCCACCUCUGGUGGCCCAUUCAAUUAUCCUCUCAAAACGCCUCCUGUAAAAGUUGGUGGUCAACAAAGCAAUAACCCAGGUGCCACUGGAUGGCUUGACCAAUAUCCUCAAGUGGAUGGUCCUGGACCUGCCGAUCCGCCUCCUGGACCUGGUGAUGAUCAAGAAAGUGGUAACACAGGUGUCACUGGCUGGCUUGAAAAUUUUCCUCAAGGUGGUGAUCCUGAACCUGCCACUCCUGGAAACCCCAACUCUGGUGGCCCAGUCAACAAUCCUGUCAAAAUGCCUCCUGUAAAAGUUGGUGGUCAACAAAACAAUAACCCAGGUGGCUGGCCUGGACAGCAUCCUCAAGUCGGUGGUUCUGGACCUGCCAAACCUGGAAACCCCCAAGCUGGUGGACAAUUCAAUUAUCCUCCCAAAGGGCCUCCUGUAAAAGUUGGUGGUCAACAAAACAAUAACCCAGGUGGCUGGCCUGGACAGCCCCCUCAUGGUGAUGGUCCGGGACCUGCCAAACCUGGAAACCCCCAAACUGGCGGACAAUUCAAUUAUCCUCCCAAAGUGCCUCCUGUAAAGGUUGGUGGUCAACAAAACAAUAACCCAGGUGGCUGGCCUGGACAGCCCCCUCAUGGUGAUGGUCCGGGACCUGCCAAACCUGGAAACCCCCAAACUGGUGGACAAUUCAAUUAUCCUCCCAAAGUGCCUCCUGUAAAAGUUGGUGGUCAACAAAACAAUAACCCAGGUGGCUGGCCUGGACAGCCCCCUCAUGGUGGUGGUCAGGGACCUUUCAAACCUGGAAACCCCCAAACUGGCGGACAAUUCAAUUAUCCUCCCAAAGUGCCUCCUGUAAAGGUUGGUGGUCAACAAAACAGUAACCCAGGUGUCGCUGUCUGGCCUGGACAGCAUCCUCAUGGUGGUGGUCCGGGACCUGCCAAACCUGGAAACCCCCAAACUGGUGGACAAUUCAAUUAUCCUCCCAAAGUGCCUCCUGUAAAAGUUGGUGGUCGACCUGAUGAUACUGACUGGCAAGAAAUUUAUGAUGAUGCUCCCCAAGGCAAUGUUUAUCUAAAUGCUCCUUUUGAAGCCUCCCCACCGGGAGGAAACAGGCCCCCUGUACCAUGUGGUGAUCGAGCAAGCCAAAACCCCGCUUACACUGGCGGUAGUUAUGGUGUUGGAUGCCAAUCUCCAAACACAGCUCCUGUGGUCAGUCCCCCCGCGGACGAAACUGACCCCUCGUUCCCAGAGUUUGCAUUCUCUCCAACUGAGUCCAGGGUCCCGGCCCCGGCCCCGGGUCCACUUCCGUCUCCAGUUUACAUCACCCGCUCCAAAAAUAACUACAAGCGUGUACAAUAUGUAUUUUCCCGCACCACGUACACCCCAUUAAACCCUGCAGUGCCAACCACUUUUUCCAAGUCCUCAGCGUCCCCAUUCUGGUAUCCAACCGAAGAGAAUCGACAAGUGUGUACAUGUGUAGAAAAGCCCACCAAUGGACCAGGCGAGACUACAGUAGAUGAGUGUACAUGUUCAGAACACCCCACCAGUGCACAAGGCGAUGUUGUAGUAGCAAACGUGGGUACAUGUGUAAGACAACCCAACCCUCCACCAGGCGCGACUCGAGUAUAUGUUUGUACAUCUGUAGGAAAGCCCGCCAGUGCACAAGGCGAGACUCCAGUCAAUGUGUGUAAAUGUGUAAAAACAUCCACACUUGCACCACGCGGGACUCCCCAACAAUUUGAUUGUACAUGCAAAGUGAAGCUCUGCCAUGUCCCAGUUGCGAGUCUCCCCGGCGGGACUCAACAACUGUAUGUGCCUAAAGGAGGACAGCCCGGCGAUCCUCCUGCCCACAAUCCACGAGUGCUUCUGUGUUCAAAUGUAGAAGGUCCCGGCGUUGCAGCAAGCGAGCUUUCACCAGUAUCCGUGUACACAUGUGUAAGAAUGUACCCCUAUGUACCAGAUGAGAUUCCACCAGUAGGUGUGUGUUCAUGUUUAGGAAACCCCGUCGUUUCAAGUGUGUGUACAUGUGUAGGAAGCCCGACCCAGGCAGUAGGCGUGACUUCACUGGUUACCGUGAGUACAUGUGUGGGAAACCCCGGCUCUGCAAAAGGCGGGGUUCCAGUAACUGUUUGUUCAUUUGUAGUAAAGCCCGCCACUGCACAAAGCGCGAGUCUACUAGAUGUGUGUACAUGUGAAAGAAGGCCUUCAUAUGCACCAGGCAGUCCAGAAGUAUUUGAAUGUACAUGUGAACAAAAGUACGCCAGAGCAUCAGCCCAGACUCCACAACUGAGUGCGCCUAAAAGAGGACCGCCCAGCGAUGCACCAGGCGGGACUAAAGGAGGAUAUCCUCAGCUUGGAUGGUCAUCCGAUGACUGAGAGCUUCAGCUUCCUGACUGGACUGUUCACACGUUUCAAAAGUGUCAAUAAAGAAUCGGACCGUGAGAACUUUGUGCGUUGUCUUUGUCCGUUGUCUUCACCUGGACCCGUUGACAUUUGGGGGAUUUAACCCUCUAGUUCCUCGUAUGUGUGUCUUCAUACCGGGUCAAUAAAGCGGAUUCUGAUUCUGA